CCGCCCNUCUUGUUGCCUGCCUUUAGUUUAUUAAUCAGCCGCGUGCCUUGGAAGCUCAAGCGCUGGUACCAGUAGCAGUAGCAGUCGCAGUAGCAGAGAGCUUUGAAAAUGGCGUUUUUAGAAUGGUCAAUUUCGUGUUGCGUUAUUUGUCAAGAUGCCCAUUACCUUCCCUGCCCUCAAAGCUAAGAACCUAAUGGGUGUUUUUAUUUGAGAACAAGACUAGGCCAAUGCAAACACCACCAACAACCACAGACACAGACAAAGACAAAGAGAUAAAGACAAAGACAGAGACAGAGACAAAGAGUUCUCUCAGACAUGGAUUCUUCUAAUGCCUUCCACCUUCUUCUCCCUCUUCUUGUUUUUUUCCUUCUUGUCGUUUCCUUCUCUUCCCCUGUCUACUCGCUUCACAGAGACGACAAAAGAAUCCAUCCCAAUAAUCAAACGACGACGUUCCAUCCCCAGAAUCAGCUCAAGAAACUCAAGCUGAUUCGAGCUCAUCUCAAGAAAAUCAACAAGCCCGCCGUCAAGACCAUUCAGAGUCCGGAUGGUGACCUUAUAGAUUGUGUUAUAUCUCAUCAACAGCCAGCUUUUGAUCAUCCGUUACUCAAAGGACAGAAGCCAUUGGAUGUCCUGGAGAGACCGUAUGACCAGAGUUCUUCCGGCGAGGCAGAGUCUGAAUCGUUCCAAUUAUGGAGCAUGUCCGGCGAAUCAUGUCCAGAGGGAACAGUUCCGAUCAGAAGAACGACGGAAAAUGAUAUGCUAAGAGCGAGCUCCGUUCGAAGAUUUGGAAGAAAACCAAGAAGACGCAUUAGACGAGACUCUUCCACCAUAGGCCACGAGCAUGCAGUGGGAUUUGUAAGCGGACAAGAGUACUACGGAGCAAAAGCGAGCAUCAACGUAUGGGCGCCGCGGGUGACGAACCAGUACGAGUUCAGUUUGUCACAGAUGUGGGUGAUUUCUGGUUCAUUUGGAGAUGAUCUAAACACGAUUGAAGCUGGGUGGCAGGUUAGCCCAGAGUUGUAUGGAGAUAAUUAUCCAAGAUUUUUCACUUAUUGGACGUCGGAUGCAUAUCAAGCAACUGGAUGCUACAAUUUACUUUGCUCGGGCUUUGUUCAAACCAACAGCAGAAUUGCCAUUGGAGCUGCAAUUUCUCCAACAUCUUCCUACAAUGGUGGCCAAUUUGAUAUCAGUUUACUGGUUUGGAAGGAUCCAAAGCAUGGGAAUUGGUGGUUGGAAUUUGGGUCGGGUGUGUUGGUUGGGUACUGGCCGGCGUUUUUAUUCACUCACCUUCGAAGCCACGCAACGAUGAUACAAUUUGGUGGUGAGGUGGUGAAUUCAAAGACUUCGGGGUUUCACACGGCGACGCAAAUGGGGAGUGGCCAUUUCGCGGGUGAAGGGUUUGGAAAAGCUUCGUAUUUUCGUAACUUGCAAGUGGUGGAUUGGGACAAUAGCUUGAUUCCAUUGUCGAAUUUGAAGGUUUUGGCGGAUCAUCCAAAUUGCUAUAAUAUUCAAGGUGGGAUUAAUAGAGUUUGGGGAAAUUACUUUUACUAUGGUGGGCCGGGAAGAAAUGUGAGGUGCCCUUAAUGGCCUCUCUCUCGGCCUUGUAACUUUCUUUGUGGGGUUUUUUUUUUUCCAGUGAAAAGUGUGAGAUAUUCAUGUAUUUGUUUUCUAUUUUAGUUCAUUUUUUGGUCCCUUCCAAUUUGAAUCACUAAAAUGUGAGAAUAGAGGGAUGAUUAUUGUAAAUUUUGACAAAAGAAAUACUGAAUUAUACUAAGAUGGUGAAAUUCUUCA